AUGGAUGACUCCGAUGAAUCGCCAUACCAACCCGAUGACAGCGAUAAUGCGUCGCCAAGCUGGCGCGACCCCAAACCUCGACCUCAGACUCCAGAAUACAAGAAUGCUUCCGAAAGCGUGGCAUCUGACCCCCCCAGCACACUGCGCCGCUCGAAACGCCAUAUCAUGCCCGUAAGGAGACUGGAUCCAGCGGCGGUUGCGAGGCCAGCAUCCUCGCAACUCCCUCGAGGCGGCCCCAGGCUCGGCUCCCACGACCACACAGUCCAGGCGCUCUUGAAGCUGCCUGGCUUCUGCUUCACCAGAACCAACAACGUCUUCAACGCCAGGGACGGCGCGCACCUGGCGACCAUCCUCGGCGCCCAGUUCGAGCCCGCCGGCAACCACAGGAAGGCCUUUCCGGCCAGCAGCCAGCGGCUCGUCUGCGUCCGCGUCGCCAAUGUCAUCGAGGCCUGCUGCGACGAGUGGCUCGAGGACUGGCAGGGCGAGGCACUGACCAGUGACUUCUGGGCCGAAGCCGCUGAGCGCCUACGCUGCUAUAACAAGCACUGGGCCGCGGCCAACCCCACCCCUAUCCAGGUGAACACGAUCUGCAUGGCUUACACAGGUCACUGGGAUCCGAACGGACGCGGUGGCGCCCCAGACGACGACGAGGCCAGCUGGGGAUUUGAGCUGGGCGAGCUCACCUGGGGCAAGGCCAAGGCCGAUAUUGAUCCCAACUUGUUCGCAAAGCCAUGGGACGAGACCGAGACUAAUGUCGGCCCUAUCCAGAACGCCGUAGGAGCAAGGAACCACGACAGAAACAGGCCUCCCAACCGCCGCCGCGGCGGUCGCUCCUUGGUUGCACCUAGCCAGGCUCCCGAGGGUUUCAGGCCGAGGGCUGUAGCCAUGAACGAGCCCCAUCAGUUCUUUCUCGGCGAUGAAGGUGAUCCAGUCAUUGUCUACGGCCCCCGUCGUGCCAACAACGAGAAGGUCGAGAGAGAUGUCGUCGGCAGGGUCAAGGCGACUAUUGACAGGAGCGACCCCAAGCGGCUGCUUGUGACGUUUUCCGGCUUGGUCUUCAAGGGAAAGGGAGGCGGCGAGGAGUCACAGGAGUCUCAGCAGGGUGAUGAGGGCAAAGACGUUCAUUCGAUGUAUGGAAGCCGGCAAGCCAGUGAGGAUGUGACACUCCGCAGCAAUACUGAGGAGAUGGAGUUUGAGGUCGGGACUUUAAUCAAGAAAGCUACUGUACAGAUACAACUUCUCCAGGACCUUUCUUUCGAGUCGAGCAGCUACAAAAUGUGUCCACCAGCCGACCAGGCUCCAGCUGUGCUGGGCCAGGCCGACGCUGCAACAAUGCCUCUUCCUUACAGCAACUCUGACUCCCCUGACGUCGUUUCGAAGAACAAUGAUGACAGCAAGAGCGAUUCGGUCAUCAAGUCGGACGAGGCGCACGAUGCGCUGGCACCCCUACCUAGCGAGACAGAGGCCCCUGUCACGGCCAGCGGAACUGGCGGCUUGGCCACAAUCAAGGAGCAAAUCGACCCAACUUCCCCCAGUGACGAGCUGGCCACAGUGAGGAACACAACCAGCGAGUCUAAGGCCAAAGAAAGCAUCGACUUCUCUGAUGAGGGCGGUGACGAAUUGAACAAUGGUAGUUCCAAGGGGCUCGCGAGUGCUUCCACUGACAACGCUGCCGACGAUCCGGCCAAGUCUGAGGAUCACAAGUUUGUCGAUCCCAAUGACAAGGACAACAUCGGAAACGAUGUCAUCAAGUUCUUCUACACUUCCAGCACUCGAAAGAGGCCCUCCAGCCCAGUCGCUACUGCUCCUGGCUGCUGUAACCCCCGUCUUCAUCGAGACAGCGAUCUGUACAUCAAGGCGAAAGGCGAGGACGGCAAAGCCUAUGUGUUUGAAGUUGUCUCUGCCACUCUUGAGAAGGCCUCGCCCAAGUUCGAGGCCAUGAUCUAUGGAAGCCACACCCGUGGCAACAAAGAGGAGUGGGUAUGGGAGCUGGAUGACAGCCCUCUCGGUCUCAAGAUUAUGUUCUGUCUGCUCCACAACAAAUUUCCCAGAGCACUAGUGGCUUCCAAGCCCAAUCCCAACCAGCUGUACAAGGUGUUGCAGGUGCUCGAGAAGUACGAGGUCAACCUGGAGGACACAAACUACCAUCUCUUCGCUCCUUCCUGGAUUGACGGAUUCAAGAACGGACUGGUUGCUUCCAAACUGAGCACUGUCGAGGCUCUCCAGGUGGCUUAUAAGCUUGGCGAUUUCAAGACUACGAAGAUCCUGAUUCGAGAAGCCGCCCAUGAGAUCAGUGACGAGGACGGGAAGCGCCUGCAGGAUUUUCCCAUACAGCAGCGAGAAAUCCUGGACAGCAUCGAAAAUAUCCGAAACGAAAGCCUGAAGAACUUGCUAGAUGCACUGAGGUCUCCUCUUGAAUACUUCAUGGAUGCAUCGAAUCUGCAUGGAAAUCAGUACUGCAAAUCCAGCGAAGGUCACUUUGAGUGCAACCAAAAGCUAUUGGGGUCUUUGAUGGCCAAUUUGGUACAGCAGUCUCUGUUCCCCAUCCCGGAGACUGCCAACUACAAGGGAAGCGUGGCCGCAAUGAUUGACAAGAUCGAGAAGAUGGAGAUCAGAGGCUUGUUUUAUCCCGGUGUCGUGAUGACAGAACAAAAGCAUACUCUGUGCAAGCUGGGACAGGCCGCCGCCGUCGAAGAAGCCAAAGGCAAGGAUGAAAAGGCAACACUCCCGCUUUCGGAUCAUCUGUUGGAGUACAUGUACUUUGCCUGCAAGCGCAAUGGUCUACUGCGGAAGGAACUGAAGGAAUUCGAGCCCUACAAGGAUCGCGUUCACGAUUUCGAACUCCUCUAUCGGGACGAGUUUAAGAAAGACAUCUGGGGAUGGCACGACCAUGAGGCCUCUGAGGGCGAUCCUGCAUGCGAUGGCUCCGAUGAUUCGAGCAUUUUCGAUGUCGUGGACGGCCGCGUUUGA